AUGUUCUGGCUUAGUAGACUCACGGUCCCGGCGAGCGCUUUCGAGACGCGGGAUGCUGAAACACUGCCUCGAGGGGGCGCUCGUCGUUGGGGGCCGACAUGCCGUGGUGCGAGAUGCCGCUGUGCCAGCGCUAUUGACGUUUGCAUGCACGUUUGCAACUCAAUGGUGUCAGUGUCUGCCACACUGAUGCCCCCUGAGUUUUCGGAGGCCAGCCUCCCCCCGCGUCUUCCGUUCCAACGGAAAAGUCCUGGCACUAACCCCCAAUGGCCUCAGCUCAGGUUGACGUACGGAGAACGGUGA